AUGGGCGUCACUAAGACGCACGAUGGGGCGGUGGUAUCCGUGAAUGGCAAUGUGGAGCAGCCUGCGGACGCUACGUGCAUGCCAGUAACGGGAAGCGGAAGUGGUGGUCGUGUUGGUGCACCCGUAUGUGCCCCUCUGACACCGGCUCUACCGCGUCCCACAGGUAUUGCUGUGGAGACACCCAUGCACCAAGUGCUGGCGCUGCACGUGUCGGGCCAGGCCACAUGCCAGAGUACACCGGCCCAGCAGGGUGUGGCCGGGCGAGUCACCGCGCUUACUCCAGCCCUUGCAAGAGCUGUAGCCGCAACGCCUAAGGGCGGGAGAGCCUCGACCAGUGGAUGGACGGGUGUGAUGUUCAACACGGAGUCAGGCAAUUACUAUGUGUGCAUCAUCACCAAGGGCAAACAGCAGACUCGUCUGGGGUCUUACGACGAUAAGGACGAGGCGGCUUAUGCGUACGCAGCUGGCGCGGUGGUGCUGCGUCCGAACCAGCAAAUCAACUCUACUGUAGAGCUCACAGCUGAGGAGAGGGAGGCUCUUGCUGGCUGCACCAAGGACCAUCUGAAGCUGCUGGUCAGGCACCGGCGUUGGAAUCGCUGGAGGGAGUGGCGCGCUGCAUUGGAGGGGUUGCCAGUUGCUCCGCAGCGACGGGCUGGAGCACGACGCAGGACACGGGAUACCAGGAGGGCGGUGCAGGACGUUGAGGAGGUUGAUGCCAGGGGCGAUGAGGAUGCUGGUGGUUCCCAGAAUGACCCGGUCAGCACGAAGCCCGUGGUGGACGGGGACAAUGUCGGAACUACCGUGAACGACGAGACUGCCGUACAUAACGCCGACCUAGAUGUGCAGAAGGAGCGUCUGAUCGAGGACAUGAUGCAGGAGGAGGCUGACGCGGAAAAGGCUGGAGAGGCUGCUAGCGAGUCUUCCAGCGAUGACCCUCUGAAGGGUGCUGCCACAGCCGCUACUGCCAUGACUUGUCAGCCAAAUGGAGAUGAGCGCCCUCCAACUGCGGUAACCUACGCCAUUGUCACCUGGGACGAUCGAAAGGGGAAAUUGACUAAUUCACCGUGCGACAACGGCGCAUCUGUGAAGCGCCUGCAGUUACUGGCAUACGAGGCGGUGGCGGAGGCCAUUGGCCGCCUGCAACCGACCUAUGAUGCGGAGCGCAAGUCAUGGGCUUGGGGCCCGCAUAAGUUCCGCCUGUCCUCCAGUGGUCUCGAAUGUCUGCUGCCAACGACGGAGACGUCACACCUGAGCGAAGAAGGAGGCGGAGGCGAUGCAUCUGGCAGUGAACAAUGUUGUCGUGAUUGA